UUCUUGUGUCUGAAAUAAAAAGAAAUAAAAAGAAAUCAAAAUUAAUCAAAUAAAAAUCCCCCUAGUUAGAAGAAAUUAAUAACAAGUGACAUUAUUUCUAUUAUGAAAAAAACAGUAUUCUGCGAAAAAUUUUUCAGUUUUGUUCAGAAGAAAGUGUAAAAUUCAAUUAUAGUGUAAAAGGGAAAUUAUUUUUUUUAAACAUGGCUAAAUACGUAUUUUUGUGCUUGAGUGUUAUCAGUUUCCUUGCGGUUAAUGCACAGGAUAAUUCAAAUGGUGUCCUAAUUAUGCCCUCGAUUCUUGAAUGCUAUAAUAAUUCGUAUCUCUUGACGCGAGAUAAUAGAUUACCCCACAAUAUGAUUACAUUGAUCGAAAUUAUUCGAAAAAUCGAAGAAUCACCGGGUUCGACUAUGCGGACUUUAACUGCUCUUUCUCAGGCUCUUUUGCAUGGAUUUCGUCAAGAUGGGAUUCUACGAUUAAAAGCGCCUGCCAGAAGUAAUUUCAUUCCCUACGCUUCUAGAUACUAUACAUUUAGUCGAUUUGUAAAGUUACUGAAAGUUAUAGCCGGUGAUGCAAUGACAUUUCCAAAUAGCAGUAUUUCUGACGUAGAAAGAUGCACAUUGCAUUUUAUGCUGUCAGACACAGUAGAGCGAGAGAAGAGAGAUGAUGAGAAUUGCAAUAGAAAUUAUGACAAUGCCUAUCGAUUUCCAAGAAGCGUUGAUAAGAAAUUCCUCAAAAUCAAAGAAGAAGGAGCAAAUGAUGCUGUUGAAAUGCUCUCUCCUCAAGAAAUACAAAGUAUGACGAAUACCAAACAGGAAGAGGAUAGUGGUGUCGAUCCGAAUUCAUAUUAUCCGGAAUUCCCCCCAAAUCAUCCCGCAGUUGCACAAUAUGUAGUAGAGCCUAGUUCAUGUCCUGUUUACAGUGGUGUCAUCAAAACGAAAUGGGGUGAGGUUUCGGGAGGACCGCUUAUAGCAGCAAUUGCCGCUGCGAUGCAACCGCAAUUAAUUAGUAUAAGUCAACUAAUGAGUGGCGAAAAUGUGGGACCGGAAUAUUUCAUGAGAACUCCACAAAUAAAUAACAAGUGGUUCGCCACAUUAUCGGGUGAUCUAGCUGCAGCUUGCUGGCGUCAAGCACCAAUUGUUGAGGAAAAAAAUAUACCUUUUAUAAUUGGAGCAAAUGGUAAAUGGAAUUCGUCAGAAAUGCCUCGAUGGUUUUUCCUCGACUCCAAUGAACAUCUCGAGUUGACGAAACCAUUAUUAAGAGGAGACAUUGAUGGUCUGAACAUUGCAAAUGAAAUCGCUUCAUGGAGUGUUGAUGAGAGAAAUAGAAUUAGACUUUCACAAGUUUUAGACAUGUAUUACAGUCCAAGGGGUUCACUUAAUCCACAAGUGCGCGCUUGUAAUCGUCAACAACUUCUAACCAAAUCAGCGCCAACAACUGAAACAUUAGAAGAUCAGACUUACAGUGCAAUGAAGAUAAUGAAAGAUUUGGCUUUGGCAACAAUGGACGAUGUUAUACUGAGAGACUACAGUAAAAGAAUUUCUAGUCAACUUUUCACUGAUCUUGCGAAUUUACUAAAAGACGAUCUUUCUUGUGCCGAAACUGAUCGUCACAACGAUUUUAGUAGAACAUAUGUCGAUCUGACUAUUGUUCUCGAUACUAAUUGGCCGUUUAAAUAUAUUCAACCCAUACUUUCAAAACUAUUAGAAGGCAUUGAAGUCGGUAAAUACAACAGUAAUUUCACUCUACUAAGUAGCAAAAGUGGAAAAAUUAUGAUUAAUUCAAGCAACACGAUUCUGGAUUUAUACAACUUUAAUGCAUCCAAUUACGAAAAAUUCGACAAAGGAUUUAACAUGUGUCAGAGCAUUGAAAUUGUGGAACGUUUACUCAAAGAAAAAUUGGACAGAGAACAUACUCAAAAAAAUGGGGGAGGCAAUGUGGACAUUAUAUUAUUUGUUCCAUAUCUCAGUUCAUCAGACGAUGACAAAGUGAAAGAAUGUGUUACCGGAAUAAUGCAAAAUAUGCGAUUGGAAAUCCCUGAUGCUUAUUUUCUCUUCUUAACGUCAGGACGAAAAGAAAUGGCAACCUAUUACGUGAAAUCUGAAGAUGUAUUCGUUAUUUCAUCGUCGCCUUCAACUUCCAAUUUAUAUCCGAUUGAUUCCUUGAUUUCAAGACUCCGAGAAUAUCCAAAACGUCUCGUCAAUUCACAAUGUGGAUCAAGAUACCAGUCUCGAGAGGAAUCGGCACCAUUUUCCGAUUCUGUAGAACCUCGUGGAACCAAAUUUUACAGAAUUCAUCCCAAUUAUUUUCACUCAACAGACUGGACUCCCAAAGUAAUUAUUGAAGGCUCAUCCGAUGGUCAACUGACAGUCUGUCAUUCUCGAGAAUCACUCUACUCGAAUAAUUCGAAAAUUGUAAAUUCUCAAUGUGACACUAUAAACAGUAAUAGCAGACACACAAUUGAUCUUUCAUGUGGCGAUACGGAUUAUAUUAACCAAUGUCAACCGUACUAUAUUUCCGUUAAGUCGAAUAAUUCAACAUCAACAUCAACAUCGGUCAAAUGCGAAAACUGUCGAUUUCCAGACGAAAUAAAAUACAAGAUAUCUUAUGAAAGAUUAAUCUGUAAAAGUGCAGCAACUUCCAUUAAUACACUGCCAGUCAUCAUUAUUUUCACAAUCGUCUCCUUAUUCAAUUUCGUAAACAUUUAGAAUAAUGAGUUUUUAUUAAAAAUUUUUAUUAAUUUCUCAUCUGAACGGUAAUUAGCAUAAAAAAAUGUUAUAACCACUCACAUGGUGGAUCAUCUUCAUUUCGUAACGUAAAUAAUUUUACAUUUAAUGCGAAAUUAUUAUUAUAUUUAUAAUUUUAUAAUCAAGAAGAUGAAAAGAAAAAUUCAUGAUAAAGUCGUAAAAUUUAAUUAUAAUUUUUUUUGUUCACAAAUUUUCAUAUUGUCAAUUUGUAUUAGUGUAUAAAUUUUUAAUUAAUAACUCUGAUAGAUUUAUACAAAUAGCUGGUUUUUUGUAUAUUUUUCUAGAAUAAAUAAAAAAAAAAAUCUGUUAAAAAG